AAUUGAAUAUCGUUAUGACCAAAAGAGAAAUUCACACUUUAUUUGUAAACUGUGCCAGUCUAAAUCGGACCUCAACUGGUUUUUCUCCCACCUCCUGGGAACAAAACACAUGACAAGUUAUCUGGAAAAGCAUUAUCCAGGUAUUCUCAGUAAUGAUAGAGGAAAACUAAAGCCUUCUGAAUGGAAAGAAUUUGUCAACAAGAAAGCACUAGAAAUUGAAAAAAAAGAUGGAAGAGGAAAAGUAACUGUUGUCUUCAAGAAAAUAGGUCCAAAGGCCAAUGAAAAAUCAUCUGGUGUAAAAAUAGUUGGUGAUCAACCUGUUGUGGAACUCGAGUGUAAACGGCAAGAAACCAAAGCUACUUCAGAAACAAUUAAACCGCCCACGCCUGCUUCCAAUGAAGAUACCAAGCCAAAGUCUGAAGUAGAACCCAUCUCCGCUUCAGUCUGUAAGAUCACUGGAGAUGAGGCUUCGACUGAGAUGUAUCUCUACCCAGAUGGUCUUCCCAUCACUCGCCAGUUGCAUAAAAAAAUGGUGUCCAAAUCAGUGCGUGCACCUGAGGGAACCUCUGCAAAGCAUGACGCUGGGACAGCAAAUAACUUGCAUGGUUCAUUAGGAUCUAAAGUUCUAGAAGAUCACAUCAAACAAUUGGAUUUUGACGAGACAAUAAUAGGGCUAGAUUUUUUGACUGAAUAUAAUUAUAAAGGAAAAACCGAACCAUUGUAUUAUUGUGAGCUGUGCAAUUGUGAAUCGCCCCUUCGGUGUAUUUUGGCACAUAUGUUUGGACUUAAACACAAGACGAAUUAUGUAAAAUGGAAACAUCCAUAUUUAUUGGAAGCAACUGUUGGAAAAUACAAACAAAUUGUCGAGGAAAAAGCAGCAGAAAUUGAAAAGAUUGAUGGAAGAGGAACAGUGAAGGUUGUUUUUGACAAAAUAAGCCCAAUGGCCAUUGAAAAAUCAUCUGGUGUAAAAAGAGUUGGUGAUCAACCUGUUGUGGAACUCGAGUGUAAACGGCAGAAAACCAAAGCUACUUCAGAAAAAACUAAACAGCCCAUGCCUGCUUCCAAUGAAGAUACCAAGCCAAAGUCUGAAGUAGAACCCAUCUCCUCUUCAGUCCGUAAGACAACUGGAGAUGAGAUGUAUCUCUACCCAGAUGGUCUUCCCAUCACUCGCCAGCUGCAUAAAAAACUGGUGUCCAAAUCAGUGCAUGCACCUGAGGGAACCUCUGCAAAGCACGACGCUGGAAUAGCGAAUAACUUGCAAGGUUCAUUAGGAUCUAAAGUUCUUGACGAUCACAUCAAACAAUCAGAUUUUGACAAGACAAUAAUAGGGCUAGAUUUUUUGACUGAAUAUCAUUAUAAAGGAAAAACGGAACCAUUGUAUUAUUGUGAGCUGUGCAAUUGUGAAUUGCCUCUUCGGUGUAUUUUGGCACAUAUCUUUGGACUUAAACACAAGUCGAAUUAUGUAAAAAGGAAACACCCAGAUUUAUUGAAAGCAACAGGAGGAAAAUACAAACAACUUGUCAAGGAAAAAACAGCAGAAAUGGAAAAGAUUGAUGGAAGAGGAACAGUGAAGGUGGUCCGAGAUCAUUAUGGAAUUCCACUUAGUGAAAGGCGAGCUGGAACAAAAUAUGUUUUAGGAAAUCAGCUGCCUGACACAGAAUACAGUAGCUUUGACCAAGAUCAGUGCACGAACAUGGAAACCUCUCAGUCUUCAGAUCCGAGAAAUAGAAAGCCAUAUGCCAGCAUAAGUUCCAAACCUUCUGGCAGUGUAACUUCCUCAAGAGCUGUACCUUGGUCAGAUCCCAAAUAUUCUCAACAUGAAUCCUCAACAACUAAAUGUGACUUGACUGGGAAAAGAGACUUUAAAGACAUCAGACAUUCUGGAGAAGAUUGGCGAGAUGAAUUGGAACAAACUAUUAAACGGUCAAAAUUACAUGGGGAUGAUGAAAGAGAAAGAGAAAAAUCUAAAUAUUCUGCUAUAGAGAGAGACAAGUGGCAAGAAAGCAAAUGUGGUUCGAGAUAUGACUACAUAAAAAGUGACAAAUCCAGGAGCUAUCGAGACAAUGAUCACCAAGAACAUGAUGCUCGUUAUUGGGCUCCAGAAAAGUAUGUUCCAUUGAGACCUGAAGAUAUAGCAAAGAAGGACAUUUUGGGAUUUUUGGCCAAUCUUGAGGUUCUUAAUGAUACAGAUGCCAGAUACGUCAAAGGGAUCAUGUACAAGCUCAGCAACCGACUCCUGCAAUUUGGUCAAAGAGCUAUGCAGUUGAGGGGUUCUGCUGACAAAUUAAGUGAACAAAUGAAAAAGCCCAGUUUGGCAGAUCAACAUUCCAGAUAUGAAUGUCGAGGGGCAAGAACUUUGGUGAAUUACUCAGAUCAACCUGCAAGACAAAAUUCUGCUGCAUCAAUGUCAUUGAUACGAAACAAUCUUUUGACUCCAUCAUUACUGAAUUCCAUCCGUGGAAUGGAUGUGAACACAGUUACCAGUACUCUCACACGGCUGGCUGCCAACAACCCUGAAUUUGAAGGCAUCAGGAUUUCAACCUUGGUUACAGUAUUGAUGGAGACCGGUGUUCUCGGCCAAAGGCCAAAUUAAGAUAUUCUACAACAGUGUCAUUUUACCUGGUGAUCCACAAGAAAAUAUGGAAAUGUUGGGAAAUAUCGAUGAUUUAAUUUAAUAAAAAUUUAAAACUUUGUUCAUAAGCCUAGAUUAAAGAAAAAAAUUGUUAGCUGCAUUCCAAGAUGUUGAAAUGGCAGUUAAAAAGAUGUAGAGCAAAAUUACCUUAAAUAUUGUUGGUUUACAACUUUGAUGCAAGUCUUUCAAUUCUAACUGCAACAAAAUUCUUAUCACUUUCAGAAUUAGCUGAAAUCAUUAUGAUUCCAAGGAUAGGAUAGGAUUCAACAACAUUUUUUUAAUAGAACUGAAUAAUCCCAUGGUUGCUUAUAUAUUUUUUUAAAUCCCAUUCGCUUGAUUCGAAUGAGGUAAAAUGAACAAUCUUUGUUGCUACUGUUUUAAGUAAAAUUGGGAAAAGUGGCUGGAAAUAUUGUUACCAGUUUUCAGAGAGAUUUGAGGAGGACUAGACCAGAUUGGGCCAGUGUUGUUUGUGCUGAAGCAUUUUCUCAAGAGCUUUUCCACUUACAUUAAUUACCCUUAAGGCAUUACUGAGCCAGUGACAAGUGCAGCCACUAAGUCUGAAAGUAAAGCUAAAUUACCUUUUUGUGUCUGAAAACAGUUUUCAAAGCUCACUUUAAUUUUUGACAGCAUUUACCUUUAAUAAAUAAUGCCCUUGUUUUUCAAAUGCCACAAAAAAUGACUUUCAAAACGUGGUUUAUUUGUUCUGAUGGUGUAUUUUUGCUUUGCUAAUGAGUAUAAUAAAUGACAUGACUAUUUCCUGUAAAGUCUAUUUUCCUUUUUCUUAUUGUUGAGGGUGGGAAGAGUAAGGAAUGGAAUAUAGAAAUAUUUGUAGAAUGAACACAAAAUACAUUAUUGCAGGGAUGCAAGAGAGCCAAGCCGGGGUGGAAGAUUGCAACCUUCACAUGGACCACCCUAAUGCAAUCAACCCAACAUGCACAAACAAAUAGAUGUAGUGGUAUGGUGUCUACAACUUUAGGCUGUGCACGCCAUACACAAGAAGAAGAGAGCCAAGCCAUGCAAUAACAAAAUGCAGAGGCAGAGAAUCUCAACUUGUUUUUUUUUCAGUCAGUGUCUGAGAUGAAUAAAGAGCAAUGACAAGAGUAGUUUGAAGAAAAAGUUCAUGACAGAAAGAGUGAAUUUUAUUCCUUGAUUAUGUCAGAAUGCAAUGUCAAAUCAGAAGAUAAAGCACGGCAUGGUUAAAACAGAAAUAGUAAAUGUAAAUAAACUGAGACCAAUUGAAUAGUGAAGGCGGCUCACUGCAAAGGGGUGUUUGGUCAGAGGAUCAAUAGGAUGAAUGAGUAACAAUUUAUAAACAA